GGAUUGAUUAUUACAUUGUGGUUAGAUAGAGCAGCUUGUUGACCAGCAGGAGCAGAGAGAGCUACAGGUGAUGGGUUCGACCCCUCAGUCGUUUAAUCAUCUUCAUCUUACGUGCACUUUAGAUCUUUAAUCCUCUUCAUCGAGACUCUUCCUUCCAACUAUGUUUGCAGCAGUUCACUAAGUCAGAGGCAACACACUUGGCUGUUCAUCUGACGGGAGCGAGCGCCUCGUCAUGGGUAGCCCGGCAGCAGCGGCUCAGUGCGCGUUCACGGUCCUGCAGGAACCGGUACCGUGAGUAAAGAGUCGGAACAGAAACACAGACACAGGCGUCGGUUCCUCUGCUGCUUUCAUUGUUAAUAACAGCACUGACACACACGGUCCUUCUCCGGCGCGGAGAGGAGAACACACCGGGGACAGAGCCGACCCAGUGUCCGACAGUCUGCAGUGUCCGGGCGGGCAGGAGCACCGGGACGAGCCGGGGCCUGGUCGGUGUCAUGGGGAAUCUAGCGCCGACAGCUUUUCUCUGGACUGAUCACACGAUGCCUGAACAAAACAGUGGAGGGAGGUUCAUGACCCGGAGGAUCCGGAACAACAUCACUUAUUAUCACGCUGCAUUUCCAGAGGCAGGUAACCAGGUAACGCUGUGUCCAACCGAAGACUCUCAGACACCCCCCGCUCUGUCAGCCUCAGCUCUGCCCCUCAGCGACUCCCCCUCUGCAGACUCCCCCUCCUCUCCGUUGCUCUCUGAUUCACCCUCGCACACGACCGCCUCCACCCACGGCCAAUCACAUGCCCGUCCGCUUCUUCUUUUCUUCCCGUGGCUCGGUGCCCGGCCGGUGGCGGUUGCCAAGUACAGGGACCUUUACCUGACCCGCGGCAUCGACGUCCUUGUGGUGCAGAGCAGUGUCAUGCACUUCCUGUGGCCUCGUUGGGGCCUCGACUACGGAUUGGAGGUGUUGCAGGUUUUGGAGGAGCCUCAGUUCUCGGGUAGGGAGGUGCUGGUCCAUUCGGCCUCCAUCGGGGGCUACACUUUCACCCAGGUACUCGCCCAAAUCACUCAGGGGCCGAAACAGCACGCAGGCCUGACCCAGAGGGUGAUAGGGCACGUCUACGACAGCUUGGUGGUCGGCACCCUGGAGCACAUGGCGAUAGGCCUCGGUAAGACUCUGGUGCCACGUUUCGAGGGCUUCGUCAAAAACGCAGCCAUGUUUUACUUCUGGCUCUUCAAGUCCCACACAGCAGACUUUUACAACAACAGUAUCCAAGUUUUCCGCAACAGCCCGAUAACCACGCCAGCCCUGUUCUUCUUCAGCGAGAACGACGCCCUUUGCGACUGGGUUGCCAUGGAAAACAUUAUUGACCUCUGGAGGAAGAGAGGCAUGACCGUGGAGAGCAGGAAGUGGAAGGAGUCGACACACGCGGCGCACAUGCGAUGCCACCCGCAAGACUAUCUGUCGACGCUGGAGAGAUUCUUGAAGUCACUGCCGACGCUCUCCCUCAAAUCAAAAAUGGAAGAUGCUUUGUGAUUUCCAAUAGAUGAAUUUGUAUCUUGCACCUUGAACAAAGAUAGUUUUUUUUAGCUGUUUGACUUUGUUGUUUUUGAGUCUAGUAUUUAAUAUAUUUCUGCGGAGCUUUUGUCAUGUGAUGCCUGUUUUGCACAACAGGUGUUGGUGUAAGCGCUGACACCAGAAAUCUGGAGCCUGUACCAUGAAACAUCAGAAUGCUAAUCGCUAAUCUUUACAAUAAUAAUAUAUCUGUGUUAUUAGGAGUAAUCCAUUCAUUCAUUGAAGUCUGAGGUGAACUGGGGGAAGAUGAAGAUGAAGACUAGAAUAUGGUUCCUCUUCCUUAAACCAGUCAGAAGUCUGGCGGGAGCAUUUUGCACCAGUUGUAGACACAAGGAUGACUGAUGGAAUCACAAAACUGUUUAUUUUUUAACAAUAUGAUCAAAUAGGAAUACUCUUUGGAAUAGAACAAGAAACGCCAGGAAUACUUUACAAUUAUUAAAGUAAGGCUAAAGAUAUAAACUGGAGUUAAGUGCAGGAAUUGUUUUAAGGGUCCUUUGAAUAUGUUUUUUUUUUUUUCUGAUGAUGGAAAUGUUAUGAAAAUUCAUUUAAAAAGUUACAUGUAAUCCAGUGAUGUCAAACUGUUUCUACAGUCAAAGAGAAGGAGAGAAGUACUGAAUACCUGACGGCAGCAAUAUUACUCUACUGGCUUAUGUAUCUUAAUAUCUAUUACUCUUUGUUAUUUGUCUUAUGGUAAAAUAUCUGUCUAUGUACGGAUUCUAUGAGAGUUAUGACAAAAUUUUUCUUGAUCUAUCUUGAUAAUCUGAGGUCAGACCAAAGAAACCUGGAUAACUCACUGAUCUCACUUAUUGGCACACGCCCCCUUAUUGCUGCAUGCAUAUCAGAAGCAUGAAUGAAGAAAUGAAUAUGAUAUGUGAUGCACAGACAAAAUUAAUGUGAUUGUUUGGGCUUUUGUAAUCAUGGAAAUAUAUUUGCAGUGUUCGCACUAUUUUUCUAAUAAAAGAUAAUGAAAGUGA